AUGGUUGAUCAAACAUUACUUGCCAGAGCUCGAAAAGCUCGUUACGAUGAUUUACCAAACUUCUCGGGACAUCCAUCGGAAGACGCUGAACGAUUUUUAAAGAGCAUAAAAAAUAUCACAAAAGCCAACAACGAUCCGGUGGACCCGAUGUUCCUCGAAAUUGUUCGCGGCAAAUUAACACAAAGUGCCGGCUUAUGGUUCGACGACAACGAAUCUCAGUUUAACAGAUGGUCAGAUUUCGAAACGGCAUUUCGAAAUCGUUAUUUUUCAACGACGAACGUAAACACGAAAUUCGAUAAAUUAUCACAACGAAAACAACAACCCGACGAAUCAGUAACUGCGUAUUACGAUGAUAUCAUCACGUUAUGCCGAGAAGUUGAUCCAAACAUGACAGAUACUAUUAUCAUCCAACACUUAAUGAAAGGCAUCAAUCCAGAAUUCCGAAAGGAACUUACGCGUCGACAAACUGCAAUAGCAACAUUGCCCGAAUUUCUUCGAAUUGCAAAGCUUGAGCAAGAUCUUCACGAGGUAUUUACACAGUCACAAGAAGUAAUAAUACAGCCCGAAGCCUAUCCGAUGUACCACCUUGGUUCUGCAGAUAAUCGAAACAUAUCACGAAAGAUUCCGGGAUACGGACAACAACUUCGCAACUCAUGGAGUCAAAAUUCCCGUUCAAUACCUAUGAAGAGCUCCGACCAAAAUCGGAACUCGUAUUCGAAGGUUCCACAAAUAACAUCAAUACGUAAACAAACAUCCAAUCCUACGACCGAAACAGCACUCGAUCAGAAUAAUCAAACGCCACAUCAAUCAUGUAAAGUCUGUGGAAAACAAAAUCAUCGUUCAAUUGACUGUUUCAAAAAACGCCAAUCCGGCUGUUUCAAUUGCGGUCAAGGACAUCCAGUCCGCAAUUUCGAAAAGCCAUCACCGUCGACAAGCCCGAUUUACAUCAAAAUUCAAGUCAACGAUCAACCUACAGAAGCUAUUGUCGACACCGGCUCCGCCAUCACAAUCAUUCAUCAAAAUCUUCUGAAGAAAAUUCCGCACAAAAACUUCAUUUAUAAAACCAGAGAAUGUCAAACAGCCAACUCAACUCCUUUACACAUUAUCGGCCAUAUCGAACUAGAAAUCAAAUUACGAAACGUGAAGACACACAUUAUAGCUAACGUAGCAACAAAUCUAAUUACAAAACUUCUCCUCGGAAACGACUGGAUAAACCUAAAUCACGUACACUUGUUUGGCGAUCAACAACAUCUUACAAUACCCGAUCAAAACGGCCAACCGAUACGAAUCCCAUAUGAAGAAUACACCAACCUGAGUUAUCCAGCACUCUUAACAAAUGAAGUGACCCUCGAACCAUACUCACAAACAUUAGUCGAAGUUCAAACCCAACUGACGAAUGCAACCGACGUUAUCUUCGAACCAAACAAACAAUAUAAUGCUCGACUCAUAUUCAUGCCAUGCACACUUCUUGAUAUUCCAAACAAUACGGCAAAAAUUCUAAUAAUGAACGGCCAAAACAAUCAACGAACAUUAUCCAAACACACCAGAAUCGGAACAUUCUUUCGAGAACCAGAAUUAAUCGCAUGUCUUACAUCGACACAAUCGAAGAGAGAUAAACGACAAGAACCUUUAGUUCUCGCCAUUCAAACGAAAUCCAACAUGUCAACAUACAAUUUACGCUGUGACGAAUGCAAAGAGGAAUUCCUAUCAGGGAAUGAUCUGCAAAAGCAUCUUCGAGCAAAAUGUUAUUCUGAACAGAUUCGGCAACGAAUCGUAGACUUCGUGAAACACAUCGAAGACCCAAGUCAACGAGGUAAACUAGAAGAUAUCUUAUGGCGUAAUAAAAUUCUCUUCGAUCCAACGCCUUCAAUGAUCAACAUCCCUCCUCAAUCAGCCAUUAAAACAAUCGACCAUCCUCCUGUCUAUUCAAAACAAUACCUCGCUUCAGAAAAGGAUCAACUUAUAAAACAAGAAGAAACAAGAAAGCUCCUCGAACGGGGUCAGAUAGAAGAAUCAACGUCACCAUGGUCGUCUCCAGUAGUCUUGGUAAAGAAGAAGGACAAAACAGUUCGAUUCUGCAUCGAUUAUCGUCGUCUUAACACCAUUACAGUCAAGGAUGCAUUUCCAUUACCACGAAUCGAUGAAAUUUUCGAUCCACUAACACAUGCGGUCUAUUUCUCCAAAUUCGACUUUAAAUCUGGGUAUUUCCAGGUCCCUCUCGCGAAGGAGGACCGUCCAAAAACGGCUUUUUCAACCAGAGACAAUCACUUCCAAUUUACCGUCCUUCCGCAAGGCAUCACCAACGGACCCGCGACCUUUCAGCGAAUUAUUAAUCACAUACUGGGACCCACACGGUGGCAAUAUGCCUUAGCAUAUAUCGACGACAUAAUUAUCUACUCAAAGACAUUCAACGAACAUCUAACACACCUGAAUGAAAUUUGUCAACUACUGAAAGAUGCCAGAUUUCGCUUAAACCCAGAAAAAUGCGAAAUCGCUAAACGACAAAUCGAAUAUCUAGGCCACCAAGUCGGCGAUGGAAAUAUUCGACCAUGUCCAAAAAAUAUCAAUGGAUUACUGAACACACGAUUACCAGAAACGGCUGAUGAAGCAUGCAAAUUCGUGAAAGCAGCUGAAUAUUAUCGCAAGUUUAUCCCGAAUUUUUCCGUUAUCGCUGAGCCUCUGCGAAAAUUUGUACCAACGACACGAACACAAGCAAAGAAAGGCCAGAAAACCUCGGUUAUACUGAACGAAUUAGAACAACAAGCAUUUAAUCAAUUAAAACAAAUAUUAACCAACGAUCUCGUCCUACGAAUACCAGACAAUCAGCGACCACUCAAAUUACAAACAGAUGCUUCAGACGAAGGAAUCGGUGCUGUAUUAUUACAGAUCUACCCCGAGGGAGAUCGUCCAGUGGCAUAUUUAUCGAAGAAAUUCACAGCUGCACAACAGAAAUGGAGUCCAAUGGAGCAAGAAUGUUACGCCUUCAUCUGUGCAUUGCAAAAAUGGCAUAAUUAUUUAAAUGGCGUCAAAUUUGUAUGGGAAACCGAUCACAAAUCAUUGACACAAUUGAACCAAAAAGCCCAACUUAACAAACGUUGUGAAAGAUGGCGACUGAAAAUCUUAGAAUUUGAUUUCAAGGUGAAAUAUAUUCCAGGCUCCACCAACGUUAUGCCAGAUUACUUAUCACGGUCUCCAGUAGAAGAAGCAGAAGAAGAGCCAGAUGAAAUAAUAUCAACAUCAUCAACAAGUACACAAACGGUCAAUGAUCAAGUCUUCAAUCAACCCUUAUUAACAGCAGCAAUCCAAACACGAUCGAUGAAACGAUCCGAAGCAUCUAUUAAUGAUAACCAACAGCAAGACAAGACCGAAACAACAGAUUCUCAUCCACAAGAGAAUCGUAUCAUCGCAUUCACUAUUAAUCAACUGAAAGAAGCACAACAAAAGGAUGAAGCCAUCAUUGAAAUUUUCAAGAAUAUUAACAAUCGAAACGAUUACACUAUUAUUAACGAUAUUUUAAUGUAUAAGUCUGAUCCGCCGGUUCCUUAUGUACCGGAAGGAGACAUUCGAAUCAGUAUCAUGAAAAUAUAUCACGACUCACCAGCAAAUGGAGCCCACUUCGGCAGAGACAAAACCCUGCACAAGAUCAAACAACGUUACUUUUGGCCAUCAAUGACGAAAGAUAUUACAAACCACGUAAAAAGCUGUAUACUCUGUGCCAAAUUUAAUCCUCGUCGUCGAAAACCACCGGGUGCAUUACAACCACUGCAACCACCAAACGGCGUUUGGCAACUACUAUCGAUAGACUUCCACGGACCACUAGCACCCAUAUCACAACGUGGUAAUCGUUACAUCAUUUGUGCCACCGAUGUACUAUCAAAAUUUACUGUGACUAAGGCUGUACGUGAUUGUUCUGCCCAAACAGCAGCACGAUUCAUCAAGGAAGAUAUCAUCUGCAAAUUCGGUACUCCACAAUGCAUAUUAACGGAUAACGGCACUCACUUCACAGCCUCGUUAACCACCGAACUGUUCAAACAACUCGGCAUUACUCAUCUUUAUGCGACUCCAUAUCAUCACCAAACGAAUGGUCAAGUGGAAAGAUAUAAUUCUACCAUGGAUGCAAAGAUCGCGACUCUUUCAAACGAACGGAAAACGAACUGGGAUGAUCAACUGCCAUUCAUAACAUUCAAUUAUAACUCAACGUUUCAUGCCAGUACCAAUCAAGUACCCUUCGAAACAAUGUACGGACGGCGACCCGUCCUCCCCUUCGAUCAACAAAGUGACAACGUCUCACUGACAUAUGAUAGAACACAUACAAAACAACUCGAAAACUACCUUUCAACAAUGGCAGAAUUAGCAAAAGAAAACAUCAAUAAUAAUCAGCAACGAUACAAACAACAAUACGAUUACAACCGAACAAACCCGACAUACAACACUGGAGAACUCGUCCUGAUUAAGACAUUAAAUCAUCACUCAAAAUUUGACCCAAAAUUCGAAGGACCCUUCAGGAUUACCCGCAAAUUAGGACCAAAGACAUUUAUUGUCCAACAUACCAAGAAAUUAACUCUUACUAGGCAAGUAACAGUUGAUGUUAUGUUGCCAAUCUUCGAACGAAAUUACUAA